AUGCCAAAUGGUGAAGAUUUUAGACCUGAAAUUGAUAUGGCAAACCCAGGUUUCAAAGUGGGUUUAAAUAAGGGGAGUAAAAAUAUACAUGCCACUGCUAGCUGGUUGGCUGAAAGAUAUUCUGGGCAGUUAAGGCUCAAUCCAAAUUGGAUUGCUUCUUCUUUUGCAGAGCAAGUUCACCAAUACUAUGGUUACAGACCAUCUAGAGCACCUGUGUACAGAGCAAGAACCAUGACAGUUGACAUUGUAGAGGGAUCUUACAGUAAACAAUAUGAAGUAUUGUGGGAUUAUUGCCAUGAAUUAAGAACGAGAAAUGUGGGAAGUACAGUGAUCAUUAAAUUUCAAAUGGAAGGCGAUAAGCCACGGUUUCAGAGGAUUUACAUCUGUCUUGCAGCAUGCAAGAAGGGGUUUUUAGAUGGUUGUAGGCAUGUGGUUUGCUUAGAUGGGUGUCAUGUCCAAGGGCCUCACCUUGGGCAAGUGCUUUUUGCAGUGGGAGUUGAUGCAAACAACGGAAUGUUUCUACUUGCCUAUGCAUAUGUAGAGAUUGAGAGUAAUUCAACGUGGCUGUGGUUUUUAAAAUUAUUGAGUGGUGAUAUGAAUAUUAGGAAUAACCAUGGUUAUGUAUUUAUGACUGACAAGCAAAAAGGUUUAAUAGAUGUUGUGGAUGAUCUAUUCCCUCAUGCAGAGCAUAUACAUUGUUUGAAACAUCUGUAUAGAAACUUCUAUUUGGAGUAUGGAGGUCUUGCUUUGAAACAUCAAAUGGAAGCAAUUACUCGGGCCACAACAAUGCCAUGGUUUAAUGCAGAGAUGAGAAAGAUGUUGGAGUUGUCUAAACGUGCACAUGAUUGGCCUGCAGAGAAAGAUCCUAGGCAUUUGAGUAGGGCAUAUUUCAAGAGUGAUUCCAAGUGUGACAUGCUUAUGAACAACCUAUGUGAGGCAUUCAACCGUAGCAUAAUGGAUGCCAACAUGUUUUGA